CAUCUUACUGCGCAUCUAUUUGUAAGAAAAUAAGGAGCAAUUUUUACAGCAAAUAGGCGAAUAUUUCAUCCAGUUUUCUAUUGUGCAUGGAAUAUUCCAGCAUUUAGGACGAUAGCCAACUGUCGAAAAUAUCCCCGCAACGAAGAAAGUCCAUUAGAAAUUUUUGGUUUGACGCAUAACUCAAGAAUUUAGCUUUGAAUGAAGCUGAUAUCCUGACGUACAGAACAGUGUCAGACUCUGCCUCGUUCUCAACAAUACGCCAGAUAAUAUGCGAUAGUAAAUGAUAUCAUAGAAAAAAUGUGGAAUAUUUGGGAAGACAGUGAAAAAUUAAUGGAUGUACCAGAACACGGGGAUAUAAUUUAUAAUAUUAUGGUCUAAUAUAUUAUUAAAAUUGUGCCGAACGGUUGUCAAUGAUGAUUUUUGGAUGUCAUGCAAAGUGUUUAUGAUAUAACUGUUUUCUUUUCAUGGCAUGUGGUUAGAACAUGACCAGUCAAUGUUGUCAUCUAAUAUUACUACUAUAAUAAUAUAGAAAGAUAAAAUAGUAUAAUCAUGUGAUCCAGUUAUGAUUAAUUAUCUUAAAUUACAAUCAACCAUGUGACUUUGUUUUACUAUAGAUCUUAGAUACAAAUAGUUAAACUCUACAACCAUAACAAAUCAUAGUAACUUGAGCUUCACAGAUAGUUCAUUGACUCUUGUUAUUAUUGUGUUAUUUAUUAUAGCAAGUCACAUUAUAAUAUCCUUCAGAAGACCGCAGUGUGGUCAGCAGUGACAGGUUCCAAGCUACACUGACAUCCCUAAAUCAGGAAACUUGUCAGUUGAUGAUAUCCUGAUAUAUUAUUAAUAUUAAUACUUUCACAGACUAGACUGUUACAGCUAUGUGUGAAAUACUAUACAUGGCAUACUUUCAUUAAUCACUGAAAAGGUCAAAAAUAUUAUUCAACAGUUUUAUGAACUGGAUAGAGGUGGUUGGAUUUUGAUCAUUUUGCAAUCUCUGAAUCGAAUAUCAUAUUUCAACUUCUAUGGGCGAUUCCUCAAAUUUAAUUGCAAUGAGACAUCAUAUUUAAGUUAAAUAAACCGAACACGACACCAUCCAUAUCGACAAUUGUUAAUUUUUCGUGAGGUGAAUUGACAACAGACUCAUUUGUUUUCUGUUUUGAGGAUAUAAUUUAUAAAUUAAAAAAGGUGUCCGAUUAUUAUUACAGUGACAGACUACUUGUAUAAUUGAGAUAAAACUUUUCAUGUAUACGGUACAUAAAUAAAUAUUACGGAAAAAUGUCGCGAAAACCGAAACCACGAGAGAAUUCAGCUGCUGCUGAGCGAUUGGCUGAUUACACAGGAAAGAGCGUUGUUUCUAUUGGCAACUCUACGUCUGGUGCAUAUGCCUCUGGAUCAGAAUCUCCAGAUCAGGAUACAAUUCGUCAUGGAGCUGCAUCGACGUAUGGACUAAAACCAGAGGAUGAUUUACCUAACCUUGAAACUUUAGGAUUUAAAGAUAAGGACAGGCCCAAGAAGGCAAGUCAAGGAUCAAUACAGGUGGAUCCAGCUAAUUCUAAAAAACAAGUAACGGUAGUAACUCAAGCUGGACAUAAAGCUAAACAAACAGUACCAGGUCGACAGUCUGUUAAAGCUGAUCUGGAUGUGACUAAAGAGUUUAAGAAAUGUAAGGAAGAAGGAGCCCCUCGAUUAGAUCUCAGUAAAUCUCAGAUUUCUUCGCUCAAUAGCUCAGUUAGAGAGUUACACCAGUUAGUAGAGUUUUAUUUAUAUGGCAACCGGUUAACGUCUCUUCCCGUGGAAAUCGGACAUCUGAAGAAUUUACAGACUUUGGCGUUAAGUGAAAACUCCAUCACAAGUUUACCAGAAACGUUAAAAAAUCUUACACAGUUACGGGUUCUAGAUCUCCGCCACAAUAAAUUACAAGAGAUACCACCAGUAGUUUAUCAGUUGACGUCGUUAACAACUUUAUUUCUACGCUUCAAUAGAAUACGACAAGUAGAGGAAGAAAUCAGUAAUUUAACUAAAUUAACCAAAUUUAGUUUACGUGAGAAUAAGAUCAAGGAAUUACCGACAGGAAUCGGCAAAUUAAUUAACCUCUUGACAUUUGAUGUAUCCCAUAAUCACCUUGAACACCUACCAGAUGAAAUAGGAAAUUGUGUGAAUUUAAAUUCUUUAGAUCUACAGCAUAAUGAGUUGUUAGAUAUCCCAGAAUCCAUUGGUAAUCUACGACAAAUAACUCGACUUGGUUUAAGGUAUAAUCGUGUUAGCAGUAUACCCAAAUCACUGGCUAAUUGUGUUAACAUGGAUGAAUUUAACGUGGAGUCAAAUAACAUAUCUCAAUUACCCGAAGGGUUAUUGUCAAGUCUGGUAAAUUUGACGAGUAUAACUUUAUCGCGGAAUGCGUUCCAAUCUUAUCCUUCUGGUGGUCCCUCACAGUUCUGUUCUGUUUACGCUAUAAAUAUAGAACACAAUCAAGUGAAUCACAUACCGUUUGGUAUUUUUAUGCGAGCACACUGUUUAACUAAACUCAACAUGAAAGAUAACCAGCUUACAUCACUUCCUUUAGAUUUAGGAACGUGGACGAAUAUGGUGGAGUUAAACCUAGGAACCAAUCAACUAACAGUAAUACCAGAUGAUAUCGAAAAACUGGAGAAAUUAGAAGUUUUAAUUUUGAGUAAUAAUAAUCUGAAACGAUUACCAGCUAGUAUUGGUAAUUUAAAGAAUUUAAGAACAUUAGAUUUAGAAGAGAAUAGAUUGGAAACUUUACCACCAGAAAUAGGUCAGUUACUUGAAUUACAGAAAUUGGUUGUACAGUCCAAUCAAUUAACGUGUUUACCAAGAAAUUUAGGGUUCUUAAAAAAUCUCCAGUAUUUAGGUGCUGGUGAAAAUAAUUUGACGUCCCUUCCGUCAGAAGUGGGUAAUUUAGAAAGUUUGGAGAAUUUAUAUAUAAAUGAUAACCCUGAGUUACACAGUUUACCGUAUGAGUUGGCGUAUUGUAGUAAUUUACAAAUUAUGAGCAUAGAAAAUUGUCCCUUAAGCCAGAUUCCCGCUGAAAUAGUUGCCAGAGGGCCAUCAUUAGUUAUUCAGUAUUUAAAGCUACAAGGCCCCUACUGUUAACACCGACUACCAGUAAUACAACACAAACAACUCACAGAGAAAACCAAACAUUAUUUCACGUUAUACACAUUAUAAACUGUAGGUCAAAGGGGGAUAACUGUGUUUAUCUGUUAUAAAGGGAUGGUAACUGGUGUACCAUCGUGUUAUAAUGUUUAUUUGUACAAACAUGUUUUAUUAUAUAUAUAUACAUACAGAUUACAGAUCUAUGAUAGAAGACUAUAUAUA